UUUCUCGAAUGUUCCAGAGUGAUCCUAUCAGCAUGCAGCCCGUACUUCCGCGCGAUGUUCACGGGCGAGCUGGCGGAGUCGCGCGCCACCGAGGUCACCAUCCGCGACGUCGACGAGCAGGCCAUGGAGCAGCUCGUCGAGUUCUGCUACACCGCGCACAUCGUCGUCGAGGAGAGCAACGUGCAGGCGCUCCUCCCGGCGGCGUGCCUGCUCCAGCUGCAGGAGAUCCAGGACGUGUGCUGCGAGUUCCUGAAGCGGCAGCUGGACUGCAGCAACUGCCUCGGCAUCCGCGCCUUCGCCGACACGCACUCGUGCCGCGAACUCCUGCGCAUCGCAGACAAGUUCACGCAACAGAACUUCCCUGAAGUAAUGGAAAGCGAAGAGUUCCUCUUACUGCCGGCGGCGCAGCUGAUCGACAUCGUGUCGUCCGACGAACUCAACGUGCGCUCCGAGGAGCAGACCUUCCAGGCCGUCAUGUCCUGGGUCAAGUACAACGUGGCCGAGCGCCGCCAGCACUUAGCACAGGUCCUCCAACACGUGCGGCUGCCGCUGCUCAGCCCGAAGUUCUUAGUGGGCACGGUGUCGUCCGAGCUGCUGAUCCGCUCGGACGACGCGUGCCGCGACCUGCUGGACGAGGCCAAGAACUACCUGCUGCUGCCGCAGGAGCGGCCGCUCAUGCAGGGCCCGCGCACGCGCCCGCGGAAACCCACACGGCGAGGCGAAGUGUUAUUCGCCGUCGGCGGCUGGUGUUCUGGAGACGCGAUUGCGUCUGUCGAGCGAUUUGAUCCACAAACUGCUGAAUGGAAGAUGGUGGCGCCCAUGUCUAAGCGGCGAUGUGGCGUGGGCGUAGCGGUUUUACAUGACUUGCUGUAUGCCGUAGGCGGCCAUGAUGGCCAGAGCUACCUCAACAGCAUCGAGCGAUACGACCCGCAAACUAACCAGUGGUGCGGCGCGGUGGCGCCGACGUCGUCGUGCCGCACGUCGGUGGGCGUGGCGGUGCUUGAAGGCGCGCUGUACGCGGUGGGCGGCCAGGACGGCGUGCAGUGCCUCAACCACGUCGAGCGCUACGACCCCAAGGAGAACCGCUGGACCAAGGUGGCGGCGAUGACGACGCGGCGGCUGGGCGUGGCGGUGGCGGUGCUGGGCGGCCAGCUGUACGCGGUGGGCGGCUCCGACGGACAGGCGCCGCUCAACACCGUCGAGCGCUACGACCCAAGGGCCAACAGAUGGACGCCCGUGGCGCCGAUGGCCACGCGGCGCAAGCACCUGGGCGCGGCCGUGUUCGACGGACACAUCUACGCCGUCGGCGGCCGCGACGACUGCACAGAACUCUCCUCCGCCGAGAGGUACGAGCCCAGCACAGACACAUGGUCGCCAGUGGUGGCGAUGACGUCACGGCGGAGUGGCGUCGGGCUAGCGGUGGUCAAUGGGCAGCUAUAUGCGGUGGGCGGCUUCGACGGCACGGCCUACCUCAAGUCUAUAGAGGUAUUCGACCCGGAGUCGAACCAGUGGCGGCUGUGCGGCGCCAUGAACUACCGGCGGCUCGGCGGCGGCGUCGGCGUCAUGCGCGCGCCGCACCACGAGAACCAUUACAUAUGGAACCGCAAAGACUCGGUGGUGUGAGCCGCCUGUACAUUACCCUCCACUCCUAGCAGUUAAGCCGUUACUCAUUUACUUUAUUGUUAAUAUUACUAUUACAUACAUACUUGAAUAUUUAUAAAUAAAUGAAAAUACAAAUUUUAGAAUAUA